GUUGGUCUGUAGAAGAUGUCGUCGAUUGCGUCGAAGCGCUUGACCUUCAUCUGUGAUGAUGAAGAUCUUUGGGUCUCAGCUAGUCCGACAACUGAAGCGGGUUUCCACGUUCCAGUUGGCUGUUGGACUCGGACUGUGGCUCCUGUCGGCAGUGCAGAAGCCAUCAUGUCGUCUGGGAUACUGAAAGCCAUGGAACUCCUCGCGUCCACCUUCUACAAGUACUCCAAGGAUGAAGGUGACAAACACACCCUGACCAAGUCAGAGAUGAAAAAGCUGCUUAAAGAAGAAAAGUUACUGAAUUUUGAGAACGCUGGUGACCCGGAAGCCGUGGAACAAUUCAUGAAGGCGCUGGACACGAACCAAGACAACACCGUGGACUUCGCGGAGUACGUCACAAUGAUUACUGCCCUCACUAUCUUGUGCGAUCCAAAAUUCGGGCAGUAGUGCAUCGCCAAUGUGCAGGGGGGCAAGAACGGCAGGAGAGCAACAGAUAGGGCACCAGUGCCACCCUGUGGUUAGCAUAGGAAGUUCCCUGAGAGGGGAAACUGCUGUCUCUGCUUGAGAUAGUGCAUCGCUGGGGUUCGAUUCUGUGGCAUACCUUGGACAUCCGUCUUAUUCAAUAAACAUUGAAUUGUCUUU